GCAGCAUCUAGCAACGUAAGAUGGCCGUUGUACAUACUCCCCUCUCCUUGCAUUUCGGGCUUCACUGGAUGUAUUUCUGCAAAAUUGAAUACAGCAGGACGCCCAGAUUUGCUCGCCAUUCUUUCUGACAUGAUGGUUACUUGCCUAUUUUCAACAAACCGAAGCGUUUUACUGCAUACAAUUUUGCAACAAUGCCGCGAGAGGAAAAGAAGCUCAAGUUGCAAUCGGUGUUAAAUUGCGCCAAGCAAGUAAUUAAUUCAACUUGUUCACAGAGGGCAGCACAGAAAUACGAUUGAUAACUCGACCAGUGAGUUAUUUCUCUAUUCAUCUCUGUUUUCAUUGAGAGCGCCGUAAGUCGAAAUAUCCAGUUUGAAACAGUUUGAAAUGUGGGGUACGUAUUAAGAGAUUUCGUUAAGAGUUUAAAAACAAAAGCGUGCUCCGAAAUCAGAGGAACUACGAUAACGUAGGUACAACCUUAGCACAUUCAGCAAGAUUCUACAACAAUUGAUCGUAAUUGACACGCUGCUGUUAAAAGUGCCGACGGGUAGACGAUGGUGUACCAAGCUGCUACAAUAUGUUCUUUUGGACAAUACACCGUCAUUUAGACUGAGAGAUUAUAAAACAAUGUGUAGUAUACAUACUGAUGUAAAAUAAGCCAAUGGAUAGUCAAACGAGUAAUAACUGUAUUACAGAAGUCACUUCGGGAACAUACAGCAGAUACUAAUGCACUUUGUGGCAACUAUGGAAAGCAAUUUAAUUAUAUUUAUAUAGGAAAUAAAUAAUGUACAUACUAAAUUUAUCGUUUUGGACCACACGGUAAACAAUUACAUUAGCUGAACAAAUAUGUCUUCUUCAUUUAAAAGACUUAACUGCAAAAAUGCAAAUGAAGGGCCACUCUUUCGUCCUAAUAUUUAUUAUGAUGUAUGGUUUGUGGAUACAAUCAGGAAACUUUUUAGUCAUCUUAAGAAGUUCAUUGCAGAAUCACUUGCACUUAAAGAAGAAUGUGCUGUUAAGUAAAAAUUAUACUUCAUUAAACUCAAAAGAUAAAUCUCUACAGAACAAGGUAGGACAAGCAGUAGGAAAACUUCCAACAACUCGCACGAAAGGAAACAAUGCAGCAAAUCAAGUAAAAAAUGUAACUACAAAUAAUACGUAUUCCAACCAAGAGCACGGGCUUGUUCAAUUAACGAUGCAGCGAGUACCGGGCAAGAUAAAUGACAAAGUACGCAAAGCUAUGGGUAGGCAGUUGAUGAGAGCUUUGCUCGAAAAUUAUGCAAAAGCAGAAGACAAUACAGCUAUAAAGGAAAAAGACAUGUACGAAUUAUUUUCUUGUAUAGAAUUCAACAUUUGUAGUAAUGCUACCAAUAUCCACCAUUAUAAGCAAAACAUGCAUAAAUUGUUUACAUCUGUUCGAAACAGUACUAAAAAUAACGUGAUUCACGAUAGUCUGCAAGAACUAAUAUCAGGUAUAAACGAAUCUAGUUGUAUGACAGAUAAAUCUGUUGAUAGAAAUGAAAAAUUUGGGCAAUGUCCAAAUAAACAUAACGACUUAGAUGUACAAAAGAUCUGUACAAAAUUUAGUAAGUUUAAUGAGAAUCAACGGAACUGUGAUAAAUAUAUUGUCAAAAAUUCAGAAUUGAACUUUUAUCAGUAUGGUUCUGAUGUCGCAUUGAUAAUACGUGAUGUGGAAGAUCAAGAAUGUUCAGAUGAAAUGUCUGAAAUGAGUAUAAACUCCAAGGAAGGUACUGUUUUACAACAUAAAUCCCAAGACCCUAUUAUUAUCGAGAUUUCUUCUGGUGACGAAAAUGAGGAAUUAAGAAAUAAAAAAAGUGAACACAACCAGUCGAAUAUAGAAAAGACUUUAAAUAGAGAUGUUAGUAUGAAUGUACAAGGAGGUGCAUCUAAUACAUUAAAUGAAACAAUUGUGAUUGAAGAUGACGAUGAAAUAGAGGUUGUGUUAGACAAUACGAGGAACCAAAAAAUGGAAAAACCAAAAGGUUGUGAUAGCGAAAAAAUUGGUAUUGAAAAAGGUCGAAAAAAAUCAUUGAUUGUUGAACCUACUAGUGCAAAACCGAAGGUAUGCGUAUCGAUUGACUUAGAAAUUCAAGAUAGAACUGCAACAAUUAUAAAGAAGUAUAUGAAACAAUACUACCAGUCACGUGUCAUCCCAGACAAGGCGAUGCUUAACGCGAUUAUUCAACAACUGCAUGUUUUUAUACUUAAAAAAGAAUUAUACGAUAAAGAAAGCAUUAAAGGAGUUAUCGACAAUUUUGUAAAAAAUCAUAAAUUCACAGUUAAAAGGAAAGCCGGUACAUGGAUUUCUAGUCGAUAAUCCUUACGGAUAAAUGAACAGUGAAGCCAAAAUAAGAUUAUAGUUCUUAUUUUUUUUGCAUUUAUGUACAAUUAAAAACAAAACCCAAGUAUCUCCCUAAUUAGUAAUCAUCUGUGUGAUACCUACAAAACUGAAGUUCCAGGUCUUUUUACAAUUAUUUAUUUUCUUUUUAUACCACAGACUUUAAAAUGAGAUUUUUCUAUGAAGAAACAAUUGAAUACAAAUCAGCACAUAUUUGUCUUUUUUUUCAGAAUUACAUUAAUUAGUUUCUGCAUAUAGUAUGUUAGGAAUUUGAGAAAUAAGCGUUCAUUUAUUGUUGAAAAGGAAAACCACCAGUGUUAUUUUUUUUACUUGUUAUAAUAUGCAUCGAAAGGGUUAAAGCCGGUGAAACUUAAUACUCUAGGAUUUAUUAUAAUUGUUACUAUUGUUAUCAUUUCUUGCUUAAUAUACACUCAAACGUGAUAUGUUUGUUAUAAGAAUCUAA